CUCACGACUUCGACCGCAGACUAACCACACCAGCAGCAGCCAUGUCGACAUUCGAACCGGUCAUUGUCAUUGACGGCAAGGGUCACCUUCUCGGUCGCCUGGCCUCUACGGUCGCCAAGCAGCUGCUCAACGGCCAGAAGAUCGUCGUUGUGCGAUGCGAGGCCCUGAACAUCUCUGGCGAGUUCUUCCGCGCAAAGCUAAAGUACAGUGCUUUCAUGCGCAAGCAGACCAGGUUCAACCCUACCCGUGGUGGUCCCUUCCACUUCCGCGCUCCCUCCAAGAUGUUCUGGCGCACCGUCCGUGGCAUGAUUCCCCACAAGACUGCCCGUGGUAACGCUGCCAUGGAGCGUCUCAAGACCUUCGAGGGUAUCCCCCCUCCCUACGACAAGAAGAAGCGAGUCGUCGUCCCCCAGGCCCUCCGUGUCCUGAGGUUGAAGCCCGGCCGCAAGUACUGCACCGUUGGCCGUCUCGGCCACGAGUUCGGCUGGAAGUACCAGGAUGUCGUCUCUCGCCUUGAGGAGCGCAGGAAAGUCAAGGGCGCCGCUUACUACGAGCGCAAGAAGGCCGCUCGCAGGCAGUUGGCUGAGGCCCAGAAGACCGCCAACGUCGACGGCAAGACCAAGGAGCAGCUCACCGCCCUCGGCUACUAGAUGUCGACGACUGAUGAAACGCGUCGGUGUCGAUAGUGUUGUUCGGCGCGGAAUGCAAUGGGCUCAUGGGAUCUUUUCAUCCCUUAUACUUCGAUCGAUUGAAAAGGUGUCCAGGAUAAAAGAGCAUACCGAUACCAGGAUGCUCACGUGCUUAUGGGUCUCUUCAACGUCGGCAGCGCUGGUCUCAGGUACCUCUCUUCACGGUUAGAAGAAAUACGAAUUGAAAAACCCAGGGCUUAUCAAAGCAUAUGAUGGAGUUCUGCUGCAAAUAUAUCCCCAAUUUCAUGUUCACCUGCUC